UUAUUGCACCAGUGCAACAGUGCAGCUAGAAAGAACAGACCAAUAGUCACGUGAUGUCUUUUGACGCUAAAAAUGAGCGUCAAGCGUCAGCGUGAAAAGGCACCUUAACUCUGACCGUCGCGCGUCGGUUCGUCUAACCGUGUGGUUGGUGAAAUUGGCCCGUGUUUAUAAGUUAACAUGCGUAAUUUAUGAAACUUAGUUACGUUACACCUAUAAACCAUUUUAAAAGAUACACAUAAUAUAUUAUGCUUGAAAAUUUACAAAAUCUGGCAAUUAUUUUUAAUUACUUAUUUUUCCAGAUAAUAAUAAAGAGAUAUAUUUACACAUGCAGGAUAUGGUAGAUUUUAAAGAAAUUAAUAAGUUCAGAAAUACAAAAAUGGAAAUUGAAUUAAUAAAUAAGAAUUAUGACAUUAAUUGUAAUGAUCAUAAUUCUGAUGACAUUGAGUAUGUAUAUUGCAAAACAAAAUUUUAUCAUAAACUUUUAUUUCUCUGAGAACUAGUUGUUUGGUUUUAAGCAAGAUUUAAACAUAUGUCUAUCUUUAUCUUUUUCUUUAAUAAAUAACUAAGAUAUGACAGACAUAUUUAAGUCUUACUUUAAAUUAAAAUGAAGUUUAUUUUGUGUAACCAGGCUUAAGUUUUAUUCAUGAAAAUUAUUUAUCAAUAUUGUUUCCAGUGAUCCAUGUGAAAUAGAAGAACUGUCUUUAGAGUCUUGUUCAGAAUAUAUGGUCUCAAAUGCUACUGUAGACAUUUCAAAUUGUAAACAAAUUAAGGAUAUAUUAUCACAUCACUCAAAAGAUGCAGAAAACAACAUGCUUCACACUGUGGAUAUUCAAUCUAAGAAAACAACUAAUAAUCAAUCAAAAAUACUUAAUAAAGAAGAAACGAAACGAUUAAAACAAGUAAGUCUUGUUUGGAAAUAUUUUGAAAAAGAUUUAAAGAAUUUAACUGCUCGUUGUAUCUUGUGCAAUAAAAGUAUUAAACAUUGUGGGAAUACCUCAAACAUGAAGCAACAUUUAACUAGAAAACAUGAAAUAUUAUGGUCUGCUAAUCAUAGAAAAAAUGACACUAAUAGUGUUCAAUCAGAUACUAAUAUACUUGACAAAACUAAAGAAAAGAAAAUCUAUAAUAAGGUAAUAAAUUAAAAUGGCAAUUAAAGAAUAAAUAAUCAAUUUCAUCAUAAUUAAAACAUUUUGUAGACAAAAGAAACAAAAAUUAAAGAUGCAUUUGACCGAGAAAUGUCUUUCAUGGAUAGUGGUUGUAAAUCUGAUAGAAUCACAAAUACUAUUUUAUACAUGCUUGCAGUUGAUAAAAUGCCACUAUCAACAGUCGAAAAUAAAGGUUUUAAAAAAUUAAUGAAAACAAUUGUGCCUCUGUAUAAAGUUCCAAGCAGGAGGACAGUAACUAGACUGCUUGAAGAUCGAUAUAAGACAUUAAAAAAUAAUUUUAUAGCUAAAAUCGACGGAGCUAUUUGUUACAGUCUUACUUGUGAUAAUUGGACUGACAUUACUAAUCAAAGUUACCUUGGUGUGACUAUUCACUAUCUAACAGAUGAAUUAAAAAUGAAGAGUGGCUGUAUUGGUGUUUUCCCUUUAUACAAAAAUCAUACUGCUGAAUAUCUCGCAAAAUCUUUAAAUACAAUUAUCAAAGAAUUUAAAUUAAAUUGUUCAAAAAUUACAGCGAUUAUCACAGACAGUGCAGCAAACAUAAAACUGGCGAUAGAAAAAACAGUGGGAAAGUAUAAACAUUUAGCUUGUUUUGCGCAUAUUUUGUCGCAUCUUGUACCGGACGCAUUAACCAGCAUGUCUGAUGCUCAAGAAAUUAUUCAUAAAGUAAAAAAGAUUGUCACCACUGUAAGGAAAAGCAUUGUUGCAUCAGAUGAACUAAAAAACUUACAGCUUCGUGAUGGAAAAACAGAAGGAACUGUAUUAAGAUUCAUACGAGACGUUCCAACGCGUUGGAAUUCUACACUAUAUAUGUUAGACAGAUUUCUUGAGUUAGAAAAGUACGUUUACCCUGUGAUACUAAAAUGUGAGAAACCUUUGGAUAUGUUAAGACAUGACGAAAUCAAAACAUUAAAAGAAAUGAUAUCUAUUAUGAGACCAAUCGAACGUGCUAUCACAGAAAUUAGUGGAGAAGCAUAUCCAACGUGUAGUAUUAUUAUCCCUCUAGUGCGUUGUAUGAAUGUUACAAUUUAUUUUAACAAACCUGAUACACAAAUUGGAAUUACAUUUAAAGAAAAAUUACAAUCGGCAAUCAACAAUCGAUGUAAAAAUUUUGAAAAUAAUAAAAUAAUGAGCAUUGCAACCAUACUGGAUCCUCGUUUUAAAAAAUUACACUUUGAAAAAUCUUUAGCCGCUGCAACUGCAGUACAGCAUAUUGAAUCGGAUUUAAAAAAAUAUAGAACAUUGAAGGAUCCACAAAUAGAUAGAGAGUUAAAUACUGAAAUGACUGUUAGGCAAUACAGUAAUUUAUGGGAUUUUCACGACAAUUUAGUAGCCAAAAAUAAUAACUGUACAGAAGAAUUAAAUGAAGUGAAACAAUAUUUAAAGCAACCCAUUAUUGAUCGAAAAGAAGAUCCAUUUGAAUAUUGGAAAUCCAUGAAUCAUAUUUUUCCAUCUUUAUAUCAUGAAGCAGUGAGAUACAUUAGUACAUUGGGUACUUCAGUUCCAUCAGAAAGAAUCUUCUCUCAAGCUGGUGAUAUAAAAAAUGAUGACCGAAGUAGAUUAACCGGCGAACAUUUAAAUAUGUUAUUAUUUCUCAGUUCGCUUACUGACGAAGAUUGGGCGUUGGAAUAAAAGUAUAAUAAAAUUUUCCACUGGAGGGGAAAACUAAUUCCAUUAAUUGAGUAAAAAUUUGUUAUUCAUAAGAUUUAAGAAUAAGUUUUUAACUCAUUUGCAAUUAAUAUUAAGAAUAUAAGUUUUUAACUUGUGUGCAAUUUAUGCUAAACGUAUUAUAUGUGUUAUAUUGUUUUAAGAUUAAAAUAAUACAUAAGUUUGUUUAAACACUGAGCAAAAUAUAGAUUAGCUCGUAAAUAUUAAUACCGUUAUUAUUUCUUAGGUCGCUUAUUAUCAAAGACUGAAUAUUAAAAUAAACAUAAUCUUAAUUUUUUUAUCUCAGUAAUAUAUUUUGUCGAUGACAUAGUUCUAUUAAAUAAUUUUAAAUAUAUUAUUUCUAAUGUAUUUGUUGUUUCAUUAAUUAAAUACUGUAUAAAAUACAUGUCUUGUUAAAACAUUGCAUCUGUUCUUUAAUUCUUAAAUUUUUAUUAAUUCCAUAUUUAUUUCAAAUAAUCUAAAAACAUCGUAAGAUUACAUUAAAUAUUUUAUUAAAUAUUGGAUAUCAUUUGUAAAAUAUUAAAUGUAAGUGUGAAUCUCUCAUAAGACUAAUUAAUACACAUUUGUCACACAAUACAUUUUUCAAGCUUGUUAACUGACUAUGAAAAGAAAAUGAUAAAAAUAGACAAUUAUAAGGUUUUGAUUAAUAAAAUUACAAAAUAUAAUAAA